AUGGUGAAGACUGUACAGCACACAAUAAAUAAUCCAUUAGGUUCAGCCGUCCAGGUCCUGGUGUCAAAGCCUGAAAACGAUGUCAAUUCUCCAAACUCGCCUAUUUCGAUGGUAAUUUCUACAGCUACAAACCCGGCGUCCAACAGCUUGAUCUGUUACGUCUACGCUGUGCCUACUUCAAGAGACGUUUUGUCUACGGUUCUGACAGACACCAUUGACGAUAGAAUACGAGAAACGGCGGUGCGAAUUUCCAAACUGUGUGCCAAGAAAAGCCAACGUCCUUUCUAUCUGACCAUGGCGGGCGACGCAGGCUCGAUGCAGAUGGACGUGGACCAGCUUCUGCUAUGCAAGGAAUGUGUAAGUUUAAUCGAGAAUGAUAUGAAUGCGUGA